GAUAUCGUUUUUUCCAGCCGGCUUCUUCCGAAGCCAUUUUUUUAUUGGUUGUGAAAGAGGACGGUUGGGGAACAAUAUAUAUUUUGCACCUUUAAUCAUCUUUAUUCUUGCUUUUUCGUGUUUGUUUAAGUUUAAGUAAUGCCUGGAUAUGCAGACAGAGAUCGUGGGAGAGAUAGGGGCUAUGGCAGUAGUGGUCCCAGGUUUGGCUCGGGUCGUAGCGGCCCUCCUACUAGUAAAUUUGGCAACCCUGGCGAGAGGCUUCGCAAGAGACACUGGAAUCUGGAUGAGCUUCCCAAAUUUGAAAAAAACUUCUACAAGGAGCACCCUGAUAUCACCAGAAGGUCCAUGCAAGAGGUUGAACAGUACCGGAGAGCCAAAGAAGUUACAGUGAAGGGAAGAGAUUGCCCAAAGCCUGUCAUGAAGUUCAAUGAAGCCACCUUCCCCAAUUAUGUGAUGGAGGUCAUCAACAAACAGGCAUGGUCUGAGCCCACCCCUAUUCAAGCACAGGGCUGGCCACUUGCCCUCAGUGGAAAAGACAUGGUCGGCAUCGCCCAGACCGGCUCUGGGAAAACUCUGGCAUACCUGUUGCCGGCCAUUGUGCAUAUUAACCACCAGCCUUUCCUUGAGCAUGGAGAUGGGCCCAUUUGUCUAGUGCUGGCACCUACCCGUGAGCUAGCUCAGCAAGUUCAGCAGGUUGCAGCAGAAUACGGAAGAGCCUCACGCUUGAAGUCAACCUGCAUAUAUGGAGGGGCCCCCAAAGGACCACAGAUCAGGGAUCUUGAAAGAGGUGUGGAGAUCUGCAUUGCCACACCUGGUCGUCUGAUUGAUUUUCUAGAGGCAGGAAAGACCAAUCUGCGCCGCUGCACCUACUUGGUGCUGGAUGAAGCUGACCGCAUGCUGGACAUGGGCUUUGAGCCGCAGAUCCGCAAAAUUGUAGAUCAGAUCCGACCAGACAGGCAGACACUCAUGUGGAGUGCUACCUGGCCUAAAGAGGUGCGGCAGCUGGCAGAGGAUUUUCUAAAGGAGUAUGUCCAGAUAAACAUCGGAGCUCUGCAGCUCAGCGCCAACCACAACAUCCUGCAGAUUGUAGAUGUCUGCAAUGAUGGAGAAAAGGAUGACAAACUGAUCCGCUUGCUGGAGGAGAUUAUGAGCGAGAAGGAGAACAAAACCAUCAUCUUUGUGGAGACAAAGAGGAGGUGUGAUGAGCUCACUCGGAGGAUGAGGAGAGAUGGAUGGCCUGCCAUGGGAAUUCAUGGAGACAAAAGUCAACAGGAGAGAGAUUGGGUUCUGAAUGAGUUCAAAUACGGCAAAGCCUGCAUCCUUAUCGCUACAGAUGUGGCCUCCCGUGGAUUAGAUGUGGAGGAUGUGAAAUUUGUCAUCAAUUAUGACUACCCUAACUCCUCUGAGGAUUAUAUCCACCGAAUCGGGCGUACGGCCCGCAGUCAGAAAACUGGCACGGCCUACACCUUCUUUACGCCGAACAACAUGAAACAGGCCAACGACCUCAUCUCUGUCCUCCGUGAGGCCAACCAGGCCAUCAACCCCAAACUGCUGCAAAUGGCCGAGGACCGAGGAGGUCGUUCUAGAGGUGGUCGGGGAGGCUACAAGGAUGACCGUCGGGACCGGUAUUCCAGUGGGGGUAGGAGAGAUUUCGGUAGCUAUAGGGAUAGAGAUUCUGACAGGGGUUACAAUAGCGGACCAAAGGUGCAGAACGGUGGUUACAAUGGGGGCAACAGCUACAAUAAAGGUAGUGGUAGCAACAAUAGCUACAGCAGUAAUGGAUACGGCAAUGGACAGGCCAACUACGGCAACGGGGGAAAUCCUCCAAGCGCCUUCGGGAGUCAGAAUUUCCAGAACCAACCAUUCCAGGGGAACCAAGCUCCGGCCCAGAAUGGAAUGAAUCACCCUCCUUUCCCCUUUAACCCGCCUCAGCCCCCACAACCUCACCAACAACCCCCCCAGCCUAUGGUGCCCUACCCCAUGGCCCCUGCCUUUCCCCAGUAGACUAGAGUCAGACUGCACACACUGAUACUGAAGUAACUUGUCUUGUUUAAGAUGAUUUAUUAAUAUUAUUAUACAUUAUCCUUUGUACUGUUUAUUUUGCUUACAGGCUGGUGAUUUGUUUUAGUUUACUCAGCCGAUUACAAAUGAGUCCAUGUGAUCUUGAAGCAGCUGAUUAACAGCUGUAUAUCCUUUAUCAUAAAUAUUAUUUUUUUCCUUUUUUCUGUUUUGUUACAUUCCUAAGUAAUUUAUUUUUACUAGGUAAUGCACAUUUUUGGUUUACUGUGUAUUCAAAGUGGUAUGUUCUAGAAACCUGAAAGGAGGACCACGCAUGGACCCUCAAAAUAAAGGAGGAAUAAAAAGCA